AUGACGUCUCGAAAAACGCAACAAGAGAUCGACAAGACUUUCAAGAAGGUGGCUGAGGGGAUACAGACCUUUGAAAGCAUCUACGAGAAAGUCAAGGCGGCCACAAAUCCUACACAACGUGAUAAGCUCGAGGAAAAUCUGAAGCGCGAGAUCAAGAAGCUGCAAACGUGUAUGGAACAAUUCAAGGCCGUGGAGAAGGAGAUGAAGACGAAAGCAUACUCCAAAGAAGGUCUUUCCGCUGCAUCUCGACUCGAUCCAAAGGAGAAAGAGAAGGUUGAAGCCUGCGAGUUCCUAGCAUCCAUGGUAGAUGAGCUGCAACUCCGAAUUGAGGCGAUGGAGGCCGAGGAAGAGACAUUACAGGCGCAAAUGAAGAAGGGCAAGAAGGACUCGAACAAGGCGAAUCGAAUGGCCGACAUUUCUCGGAUCACAGAACGCCAUAAAUGGCAUGUCAACAAGCUCGAAUUCCUCAAUCGAUCCUUAUUAAACGGCAAUCUCGAGGUGAGCCAGGUCCAGGACCUGAAGGAGAGCAUAAAGUACUAUGUCGAUGAAGGGCAUAAUCCCGAUUACUCGGGAGAGGACGAAACGCUUUACGAUGACUUGGAUAUUGGCGAGGAUGUUGAGGCUCAAUUCGGCAUGGGAGCAGAUAACGAUCGUGUAUCGUCUCAUGACGCCCAGUCGGUUCCGGACGAUGAACCGGAAACGAAACCGAAGCCCUCCAAGGUGGAUGCAACUUCACAUCGCCGGCCCUCAGCGCAACUGAAGUCGCCGCUCCCUGUUCUCGCCACUUUGCACUCAUCUACCUCGUCCAGUGCCACCCCGGGGAUGAAGCCCGCCCCAUUGCCGACUCGCUUGCCUGGGGAAACGCUCAAGUACGCUUCUGCGGCGGCUGCCGCCGCCGCCAGCGAUAAAAGCGGAGUGGGUAUCCUGCCUCUGCCUCCACCACCAGGAGCCAGCCCGGCCUUCUCGCACGUCCUCCCAGUCUCGAAACCUUCGUCCGUGGCUUCGCCCGUGGUUUCUUCUGUGCAACCAGCGUCCAGGCCAGCCACAACGGCAGCUCCAGCAAUCUCUGCGACCUCUUCUGAAGAGGCGGUGCCACUGGCUGUCCGUCCAAAGUCCACUGCUGGUGCCGCUGUUUCCGGCACCUCUUCACCUGCGCCCACGUCGACGCCCAAGGUGGACUCAACAAAGGAGAAGCCCACGGCGAAUGGACGGAACACGCCGAAGGAGCCAACCGACCAAGAAGAGUGUAUCUACCAUCUUCCUCCGGGGUUACAAGACCUGAUCCAAUCCUUUGAGGUGACCAAGGAACGCGCCACAGCCAACCCCACACCAGCCGUGCAACGGCUUCUCGCGACCGCGCUCACAACGUGUCCCGAGCCUGGUGACGCAGAGAAGCCCCGUCAUUACAAGCCGCAGAACCCCUACAACACGCCUCUGUAUUACCCGCAAGAACCUCUUUCCAUUUUCGAUGACCCUCGCUUGUACGAUACUGGCCGGAUCGACACGGAUACACUGUUCUAUCUCUUCUACUACCGCCAGGGCUCAUACCAGCAGUACCUCGCCGCCAAGGCUCUGAAGAAUCAGAGUUGGCGCUUCCACAAGCAAUACCAAACGUGGUUCCAACGCCACGAGGAGCCGAAGAAUAUCACAGAAGAAUUCGAGCAAGGGACGUAUCGCUUCUUCGACUAUGAGAGUACCUGGAUGAACCGUCGCAAGGCUGAUUUCAAGUUCGUGUACAAAUAUCUCGAGGACGAAUUAUGA